AUGUUUUUACAAAAACGGGUUAAUUUAAGAAUUAAUCUAAGAAUUAUCAUUAUUUUCAUAAUAUUUCUACCAUUAUCAACAAAAUCCCAAUCUACAGUAAUAGGACCUCUGACAGAAAAUUUUGUUAGUUGGUUGAUAGCAAAUGGGUAUGAACAAGAUGCUUUUGAUAGACCGGAUAUUGGACCAAGUGGAAGUUUUGGUGGAAAGAUUAAUUCAGCACAGCAAAUACAAAAAGAACCAGUUAUCUUUAUUCAUGGCACUGGGGAUGCUGCUUUGCAUACUCAAGGCCCCCAAGCAACCGAUGGCUAUAACACAAUGCAUACUUGUUCUUAUUUGGUUGAUUUAAGACGUUUUCUAGAGGCUAUACUUGCUUAUACUGGUGCUCCAAAAGUUGAUAUAAUAGCACAUUCAAUGGGGGUUGUUUUGGCUAGAAAAGUAAUUAAGGGAGGUGAAUUAAUUGCUACAGAUGGAAAUUGUUCUUUAGGAAUUGCUGGGCCAAAUUAUGGAAUUUGUGUCUGUCAAUUGGCACAAACGGUUCCCGCAUGGUGUAACGCUUUGGAUGGUUUAUAUCCUGGUUAUACAUGUGACGAUCAAUUACUUUGUGGCUAUACAACAUCUCCUUGUGGGGAACAAGUUAAUUAUUCUGCAUUUUUGGAAAAAUUAAAUAGAAACCCAUCAAGAGAAGCUGAUUAUAUUUUUGCAUUUUGGUCGGAUACAGAUGAGAUACUUCUCUACAAAAGUUUGAGUUGGGGAAAACCAACAGCAAGAAUUCCCGGAAUGAAUGGUAGAUGGGUUUCUGACAGGCUUGGACAUAUUGCAAUGAAAGAUUAUACAGAAUUAAGGCAAUUUGAAGCAGUAACCACACAUCGAGUUUAA